AAAGGGAGAUAAAAAUUAGUUAAAGCGAACUGUCAAAUUUUGGGCUUCAUGCAUCUGGAACCAACCACUGGAAGCGAUCAACAAAUUCAUGUCAAUGUUUUCGAUUAGGCAGCUGGUUGACUUUUGAGAUUCGUUACGUUAGAAUUUAUCUGUGAUUCAGUUAUAAAUGAACGGUUUGGUUGUAAAUUCGCAUUGAGCAACAACUUAACGAAAAAAUAAUCAAUGGAGGCUAAGAUUAACACAAAAAUAACUUUAACCCCGGAAUCAACGAAAUAACAAACACUUUGACAAGUGAGUGCAUUGGUUGUAGGAAGCCCAAAAACUCGGAUCAAAUAUUAUGAGUGAUAACCAGUGACCCAAGUUGAACCAUGGAUUCAUAGUCAUUCCAAAAUGGGAGGGAAUUCACUACUUUCUUUUGAAAAAGAACUUAAACAUGAUGGAUGAUAAAUAUAAACUCGAAAGGCCAGAAAAAAUUCAAACAGUCGAUAAUGAUGAUCUGGAGAAUUCAGAUGAAAAUGAGAGACCCGCUGGGGAAAGGUGGGCCCCUGUCGGAGCCAAUGACGGAGAUGAUGAUUUUGGAGAUGAAUACAAAUAUUCAAACAGCAUGGAAAGUCUUGCUUGUGACACAGAGAGACUUAAAAUAUUAGAAGAAGAACAGGAAUUGCUCAACUCAUCUCUGAUUGCACUCACUACUCAUUUUGCCCAGGUUCAAUUUAGGCUUCGACAAAUAGUGGACGCUCCAGCAUCGGAAAAGGAAAAUCUGUUGAAGGAACUUGAAGAAUUUGCAUUCCGUGGAAUUCCGGAUGUUCCAAAUAAUUUGGGUUUUGGGAAUCGCAACCUUUCAUCUUCUACCCCUCCCUUGGCACACAAUCCGAGCUUAGGAAAUAACAAGAUUUCCGGAGAAAGUACCAAUGAUUUAUCUUCGUCAUCGAGGACGAUGGCUAUCAGUUUAAUAAGUGAUGGCGAAGUCGAGAGUAAGAUGGCUCUACAACGUACGAAACAACGAGAGUUGAUAGGACAGCUUAAAUUACAAUUGGAAGACCUAGAGAAAUACGCUUAUGAAACAGGGGGUGCUGGCCCACCACAGAGCGUUAUAUUAGAACGACAAAAUUUGAUAAUUAAUCAUUUAAAAGAAAAGUUGAACUUCAAUAUCGAUGAUCUUUGCAAGUUACCACUAGAUGAUCUUCGAUGGCAAGUGGAUUGUGCGAUAAGUCAAAUCGUUAGUCCGUUGAAAAUGAAGGAACAACUUGUAACUCAACUUAAGACUCAGAUAGCUGAUUUAGAACGUUUCAUAAAUUAUCUUCAAGGUGAAAUUAGUCCUGAAAGUUUAGCCUGCACUUGUGCUUGUCCGGUGCAUACUAGCGGCGGUUCAUCGUCAUACGGAAGAAGAUCUUUCAAGCAUCGAAAUGAGGAUGAGGAAGUGCAAACGAAAACAUUGAACACCAUUAGGAAGGCAGUUGCUCUACUUCACAUGUUUGCGCUAUCCCAGCUUCGGUGCACUGGUGAUCCAACAAAGAAAAACGCAAAAAAAAACUCUGUCAGAAGUUGGCGGGACCUUAGGACUCGACUCGAUGUUGCCGUCGAACAUGUUCUGUCCCAGAUAGCAGAGGCAAAACACGAAGGUAUAGAAGAGAACGAUUAUACUUCUGACUCCGAUUCCCAGGCUACGCAAUCUAGCGCUAGAUUGACUAUGGCAGUUCGAAAGCAUCUCGCUAUAAGUAUUAGGGAUCUUCUCCAUCAUGGACUAACCUCAGACAGCCAUGCAUCAAGUGUCGUUCCAUUUAUUGGAUGUUUUCCACAACGAAAUAAUACCUCAGCAAAUUCCAUGCACAUUUGGGAACUGAUUCUCAGGUACUAUGACAUAAAAAAUGGACACAGGUAUAACUCUAGCCCUGCACAGAAAUUAUCGAGGAGUUUUAACCUGGAUUUAGCUGGUGGAAGUACUGUUUCUUCAAAACAAAGCCUGUUGACCACUAUCGGGAAUAUCGUUGCUUCUCACACGCCAUACAAAAGAAGCUAUGAUUCUCACUUCAAAGCUUUUGUUUGCGCAGCUCUAAACUUGAACAAAUUGGUCUCCUGGCUUAAGUUAAUACUGCAAUCUCAGUACUUGUUGGAAAAUUAUUACAUGUCUUGGAGCUACGUAGUGAAAACAGGCUUCCAAGACGGUUUCCAUACCCUGGAUCGUCUGACUAAUCACAAAUUCGAUCUACCUGUUGACCUGGCUGUGCGACAAUUCCAGAAUAUCAAAGAUGCAUUCUGAAUAUAUACUUUACUGACCAUCAGACAUUCUAAAAAACUAAGCAAGGGCUUUUACUCCACAUACAUUGCAUCAAGACUGUUAUUGUAAUACGUAAAAACGUCAUGGACAAAUAUCAAUACCAAAGUAUACAUUUCAACAGUUUUUUAAAUGUCUUUUUAGCUGUAUUAGUUGACAGAAGCUUCACCGAAGGUAUUUUCAAAGCCAGUAGAUCAAGUUCAUGAAAUAUCCAUGCGAACUGUAACUGCUAAGAAAAUAUGUGUGUUUGUAUAUAUAUUCAAUAUUCGUACCGACGACAAUACCUGCGUUUAAUGCAAUUACAGUUAUUGCAUUUCGAGUUCCUUUUCUUAGAUUUCAAUGUUGCCUACUGUUCAAAGUUGAUAUAUGGCUUCAGUUAAUGACGACUGAAUCGACUUAUUUAUGAAAACGUUAUCUAUACAGGAAUUUGUUACAUGAAAUAAGAUAAUUUAAAAUUACAGUUAACCGUCUAAUAUGAUUGAUUGAUGGUCAAGUUUUCUCUUGACACAAAGCCUUCUGAUUGUAUUUCAGUUUACAUUCAUGACAGUUAUUUUUGCGUCAGUUAUCAUUGAUAAGUAAUUCAUUAUCUGACAUCGACCGUUCAA